AUGGUACAACAUCCUGAGGAACCAAAUAUUCAAAAUAGAUAUCAAUUAGUUCUCUUGGAUACUUUGUUGAGCCAAGAUUGUGAAAGCUUUUCAUCAAAAGACAAACCUUCUACAUUUAUCUUUAACGGGUUUUGGCUUGGAAAUAGGUUCCAUCUUCCAGAAUUGGUAAGUUCACAUCCUGGAUUAGAUGACUUAGAUUCUACCAUCUGGGAUGGUCUCGACUUGAAAGUCGAUUCUUAUUUCAUGAUG